GAGCCGAAUGAGAAGCGCUAGGCUCCCAGCAGUGAUCUGGGUGUGGGUUCGGGCUUGAGAAGGUUUUGUGUUUGGGGUUUGCUCGCCCUCCCUUUUUUUGAAGACCGGAGGCCGGCCGCCAGGUGUGGGCGAUUUGAAACCUGAGGCUGAGUUCCUGUUUUCCGUUCUGCCUGCGGGAACCUUUGGGGAAGCGUGGAAGGAAAGGAAGGGCGUGCGCUUGGUGACCGGCCCCUUCCUUUGCUUGGUCGCGGAGUCCCACCCUGCCGUGCUGUGUGGAAUGGUUUUCGGCUCUUCUGGCCGCAGUUUGGUUUGUUAGAAGUGGAAACUGAUGCAUUGAGGGUGGAAAAAAGGUCUUUCCCCUAUCCGCUCUCCAAGGACGCUAAAGAACUUGCAGAUUUGUCUAGUUUCUAGACACGUGUACUGGAAUGUUCAGCGGAAAAUGGCUUAAAUGUUGGAGAAGAGAGCAGGAACUGCUAGCAUUUUAAGGGAUUUGUGUAUAUUUCCUAAACUGACUUUUGACCACCAUCCAACACCGGCAACUUGGGAUUCGUAAGCGUCUCUCGCCAUCCUGCUGCGGUUCCAACAUGUUCUCCUCUUGGUUAAGUCGGCUGUGCAGGGGUUUAUCCACACCCACCGGAAGGGUCACCCACCUGAUCCAGGGCUCUCUCUCCAGAAGGCUGAUGCUCAGUUCACAGAGGAGAAUUCCAGAAUUGAGUAGCUUUGUUGCUCGGACCAACACGUGCGGAGAAUUGCGUUCUUCUCACUUAGGCCAGGAAGUCACCUUGUGUGGAUGGAUUCAGUACCGAAGGCAGAACAUCUUCCUGGUGCUAAGAGAUUUCCAUGGGCUUGUUCAAGUUGUCAUCCCCCAGGAUGAGUCCGCUGCUUCUGUGAAGAAGAUUUUAUGUGAAGCCCCAGUGGAGUCUGUGGUGCAAGUAUCCGGGACGGUAAUUUCCCGACCUCCAGGACAAGAGAAUCCAAAAAUGCCAACAGGUGAGAUUGAAAUCAAAGUUAAAUCAGCUCAACUUCUGAAUACCUGCAAGAAGCUGCCCUUCGAAAUUAAGGACUUCGUGAAGAAAACAGAGGCUCUUCGUUUGCAGUAUCGCUACUUAGACUUGCGCAGUUUCCAAAUGCAGUACAACCUGCGACUGAGGUCCCGGAUGGUCAUGAAAAUGCGGGAAUAUCUCUGUAAUCUACAUGGGUUUGUGGAUAUAGAAACACCAACAUUGUUUAAGAGGACUCCAGGGGGUGCAAAAGAGUAUGUAAUACCAUCCAGGGAACCUGGAAAGUUUUAUUGUCUCCCUCAGAGUCCUCAACAGUUUAAGCAGCUUCUGAUGGUUGGUGGUUUAGACAGAUAUUUUCAGGUUGCCCGAUGUUAUCGAGAUGAAGGUUCGAGACCAGACCGACAGCCCGAGUUUACUCAGAUUGACAUAGAGAUGUCUUUUGUAGACCAGAUUGGAAUCCGGAGUCUAAUUGAGGGCUUGCUCCAGUAUUCCUGGCCCAGUGAUAAAGAUCCUGUGGUGGUUCCUUUUCCUUCUAUGACUUUUGCUGAGGCAUUGGCCAGCUAUGGAACUGAUAAACCUGACACUCGCUUUGGGAUGAAGAUUGUAGAUAUUAGUGAUGUGUUCAGAAACACAAAGGUUGGAUUUCUUCAAGAUGCACUUAGUAAACCCCAAGGAACGGUCAAGGCCAUAUGUAUCUCUGAAGGAGCAAAAUACUUAAAAAGGAAGGACAUUGAGUCUCUUAGAAAAUUGGCAGCUGACCAUUUUAAUCAGGAAGUCUUACCUGUAUUCCCAAAAGCCAAUAGAAACUGGAAUUCUCCAGUUGCUAAGUCCAUAAUGGAGGAGCAAAGAUCAGAACUAAUCAGACUGAUGGAGAUCCAAGAGGACGGUGUGGUCCUGCUCACGGCCGGAGAGCACAGGAAAGCAUGCUCUGUUUUGGGAAAACUACGACUGGAAUGUGCUGACCUUCUAGAAGCAAGAGGAUUGGUGCUCCGUGACCCAGCUCUGUUCUCUUUCCUUUGGGUUGUGGAUUUCCCACUCUUCCUCCCCAAGGAGGAAAAUCCUGGCGAGCUGGAGUCAGCCCACCACCCAUUUACUGCUCCCCACCCCAGCGACAUCCACCUCUUACACACUGAACCCAAACAGGUCCGUAGCCAACACUAUGACUUGGUUUUAAAUGGCAAUGAGAUAGGAGGUGGUUCUAUCCGAAUACAUGAUGCAGAGCUCCAGCGUUACAUUCUGGCAACACUGCUAAAGGAAGAUGUGAAAUUGCUCUCCCACCUACUCCAGGCUUUAGAUUUUGGGGCGCCCCCUCAUGGAGGAAUUGCCUUAGGUUUGGACAGACUGAUAUGCCUUGUCACUGGAGCACCAAGCAUCAGAGAUGUCAUAGCCUUCCCCAAAUCCUUCCGGGGGCAUGACCUCAUGAGCAAUGCCCCAGAUUCUCUCCCUCCUGAGGAACUGAAGCCCUAUCAUAUCCAGGUCUCCUGGCCAGCAGACUCAGAAGCAGAAAAGAGCUCAUUGAAUCAGCCAUAUCAUCCAGAAAGCUGAGCUUUUCAGCUUUGUCCUCUUUGCUUCCCCAAGGCUGAAAUCAGAUGUGGAGUUCUGCCACAGGUCUGAUAAGUGGGUCUCUAGGUGGAAGGAACCCAGACAACAUUCUUUACCACAGUAAAGAAACAGAAGGUUUCCAAUUUUUACUUGAUAACAUGCAUUAUUAGGAUUUUUUUGUUUGGGACUUCUUUUGUAGUUUCUGACUUGGUGAGGUGUAAAGAUGGCCCUUUCUUGGAGAAUUGAACAGCUUAGUGUUUCUUAAUCAUGUUUUUCAUACCUGGAUAGUUAGUUGUCCACCGAAGACAAA